AUGCUGGCAAUCAAGUUCCACCACAUCCGAACCCUGAUCCACCGCCCGUACCUAUGCUACCCGCACCUCAAGGGCCACAAGCCCCAGGCCCUCCUGCCCGAGCAACACGCCCAGAUCCGCGAGUACGGGAGCACGUGCGUGCGGGAGGCCCAGGCCAUCGCGCACCUCAUGUACAACGUCAGCGACACGAGCGACAUCGUGCUCAACUACCCCUGGUGGCAGAUGGUCUCGUGCCUCGUCUGCGCCGGGUCCGUGCUGGUCCUCGCCGACACCUUUGCCAGGUACGAGGAGCCCCGCGGGGACCUUGGCGGCGGCGCCGCCGCCGCCGCCUCCCCAAGGCUCGGCGAGGACAUCGAGACGCUCGUGCACGUGCUGCACGCGCUGAGCGGCAACUCGAACGGCGCCAAGCUCGCGUGUAGCAUGAUGAGGAGUAUUCGGGCGAGAAGCGCGCGCAUCUCGGUGAAUAAUAAUACCUCGGUCGACUCCUCUAGUGGUGUGUUGCCGGAAGUCGCCCCGGGUACCAUUACGAGCGAAGGUGACAGAAGCCAGGAGAGCCAGGAGGCGUAUAGCUACUGUGAUGAUCUUGGCGAUGCAGGGUCUGGGUUGGCAGUGGGUCAGAUGGCCCCGGUGGGCCAGAUGGAAGACGUGGGGAUGGAAACAAACGUUGGCGACCCUAACUCGUGGCCCAUGGUGAUCCCCGACUGGAUGAACUGGUCUACGGAGUUUCUGGAAACAUUUCAGAGCUCAGAUGACUCAACGCAGGGCUUCGUCCGGGUUUGA